UGCCUCCUAUCCUGCCUGUGUGAGUAUCAGAAACAUGGCGGAGGGCGAACUGAACGUUGACAGCCUCAUCUCUCGAUUGCUGGAAGUGCGAGGAUGUCGUCCAGGGAAGGUGGUACAGAUGACAGAGGCAGAAGUCCGGGGGCUCUGCAUCAAGUCCAGAGAAAUUUUCCUCAGUCAGCCAAUCCUGUUGGAACUUGAGGCUCCACUCAAGAUUUGUGGUGAUAUCCAUGGACAGUACACAGAUUUGCUGAGGCUGUUUGAGUAUGGAGGCUUCCCUCCAGAGGCCAACUAUCUGUUCCUGGGGGACUAUGUGGACCGGGGGAAACAGUCGCUGGAAACCAUCUGCCUGCUGCUCGCCUACAAGAUCAAAUACCCAGAAAACUUCUUCUUGCUCAGGGGGAACCACGAGUGUGCCUCCAUCAAUCGCAUCUACGGCUUUUAUGACGAGUGCAAGCGCAGGUUCAACAUAAAGCUUUGGAAGACCUUCACAGACUGUUUUAAUUGUCUGCCUAUUGCUGCCAUUAUUGAUGAGAAGAUUUUCUGUUGCCAUGGAGGGCUCUCACCUGAUCUACAGUCUAUGGAACAGAUUCGACGCAUUAUGAGACCCACUGAUGUCCCAGACACAGGCCUCCUUUGUGAUCUGCUAUGGUCAGACCCUGACAAAGACGUGCAGGGCUGGGGGGAGAAUGAUCGUGGAGUUUCCUUCACUUUUGGCGCUGAUGUGGUCAGCAAGUUUCUCAACCGUCAUGACCUGGACCUCAUCUGCCGAGCACAUCAGGUUGUUGAAGACGGCUAUGAGUUCUUUGCCAAACGUCAGCUGGUGACGUUGUUUUCGGCCCCAAACUACUGUGGGGAGUUUGACAACGCAGGCGGCAUGAUGAGUGUUGAUGAGUCCCUCAUGUGCUCCUUUCAGAUCCUGAAGCCGUCAGAAAAAAAAGCUAAGUACCAGUAUGGCGGGGUGAAUUCAGGACGCCCAGUGACCCCACCACGCACCACUCAGGCCCCCAAAAAGAGGUGAGCAGCUGGUCCUGACUCUCCUCGUCUCCCCAUGGCGGGUCUCUGGCCCACGUCCCUGCAGGCUGCCUCAAACACUCCAGCCCUCUCUCAGUCAGCUUGUUCAUGUGUAAACAGAAACUCCAGGAGUGUUUUUUGCUUGUUCUGUGGGUAUUUUUAUGAACACGUGAGUGGUAUUUUUUCCUCCAUAUUUUUCAUGUAUUAACUCAGCCCUCACUUCUACUACUCGGUCCAUUCAGCAAUAUGAAAACCAAACCUCUUGUGGAGUGGACAAGAUGUUAAGAUGCAAUGCUUCUCUGCCGUCAGAUUUCCAUAGUGGUUUUGUGAAUGCAUGCACGCUUGUUAAAUGAGAUGGGUUCUUUGGCCCUUGUAAAAACCAUUAAUUACUUCCAGACAAGAGUUGUUUCUUGUCUCUCCUUGAUUAACAUCUUGUAAUGAACCUAAUCUGUUCCAUUUCCCCCCUGUAUAUUGGCUGAAGUGAUGCUCUGCUAAAAGGAAUACUUUGGCAUUUUGCUGUAUAUGCUUAUUUGCUUUCUUGUAAAAUGUUUGAUGAGAAGAUCAGACAACUCUUGUCUGUUAAAUAUGAAGCAGCCGCGUGUAGCUGGCUGACUUAGCUUAGCAUAGAGACAUUACCAUAAACUCUGGUGUAUAAGACGCACCUUUUAUACAUAUUUUUCCAUUUAAGAAGUGGCUGUGUCCUAUAUAUCAAUGCGACCACUGUACUAGUAUAAAAUGCUGAGAUGCACCGUCAUGAACACAGGUGCGUGUGUUCAUCGUGUAUUGCAAGCGGACUCAUCACUGCUUAAUGCAUGCUGGAAUACAUAUCAACAGACCAGAUAAACGGUCCUAAAAGAGAGACACAGCUGCCCAGACACUACAUGUUGUGACUUUGGUGAAUGAAAUAGCCUUUGUCCCACAAACUAUUUUUGCCCUUUGAGAGACUCAGUGGCUUAUAUACUGGGGCGUCUUAUAUUCCAGAAUUUAUGUUAAUUAGCGCAGGCAGCUAUCCAACUACAACAGUUAAAAAAAUCCACCUGCCAGAUGAUUUGUAUUUAUAUAGUUAAUCAGUAAAAAAGCUAAUGGAAAUUUUUACAGAAGUCUGUUUCUUGAAUGAACCUGUUGCCUGGGAAACAGUGGAAACAUGUAAAAAAAAAAAGUAAAUGUAACCUCAGUCUGUACGUUUACAUGCACUGUUAAGUCAAGCUAUGGUUAUGACUCAAAUUAGCUAUUUAGCUGGACUCCUGUCCUUGUCCCAGUAUACAAGCACAGUACACACUACAGUAGGUCGUAUUUCAGUUAGUUACUAUGGACCGUCUUCCUGUUGGCCAUGCUAAGUUAGCAAACUGUUAACUGGUCAGAUGUGGAAUGGUAUAAAUAUGGACAAACUAUACUGCUCCAUACAUAUUCUCCACUACAGUGGUUCUCAACUGGUGGGUUUGGACCCAAAUAAAGGUCACAGGACUUUUUCAGUGGGUCAUGAGUGUGCAUAUGGAAAAAAUUUAACCAAAAGUCUGAUGGGGAAACCCUAAGUAGAUAUGCAUCCAUAUAUUUCAUUUUACUCCGUUUCCUGUCAUAACAAAUUUUGGUUGUUUACUUAAGAGCUUGACUUAUUCAUCACAUUAUCUUGGGAUAACAAAGAGUUUUUUUUCCUAUGAGAAUGUGUCCAUUUAUGUUUCAUCUAAGAUCCAAACAAAACCAUUUUUCAUUGGUUAGAAAUGUUCCAAAAUGUGGGUAGCUGUUUUAAAGAAGGUGGUGGUGGGUCCGAAGGCUGGACCAGUUGAGAACUACUGCUCAGUGUUUUACUUUAAACACACUGCAAUACAAGCUACCCCUCUAGCUUUUGGUGAUCUCUAAAGGCUGACAACAACACGACUUCUGCUAUGCUUAGUAUUUAUGAUUAUUGACUUCAGGGCCAAAGUCUGGCAUGGAAACUCUGGGUUAUGUGCAGACUGCUUUGUCCAGUUUGGGUCCAACUGAGAUGUAAGCAUGCAAGAGUAAAUCAAUCUCUUAUCCAAGUAUUGAGGACUUUGAGAAAUUCCAUUUAGUAUUACUGUAACUGGACUAACAAGUUUUCAUGCAUUCUAAAAGUUUAGUUAGACAAACUAAUGCUACAGUUUUACUUUUUCUAGCAGCAUUAAAUAGCACUAACUUUUUAUAGAGUAUAAAACAAGCAAAAUAUGACAUAUUGGCAGGUGGAUUUUGUCAAACACACAGAGCCAGGUUACCUAUUUCCCUCUGUUUUCAGUCUUUCUGCUAUUUUAGGUAAUCCAUUUAGUGGUUAUAGCUUUGUAUUUAACAGAUAUGUAGGCUUCUGGUCUAACUCUUAUCAUUUGUGAAGUUCACUUGAUUUCUUGCCAGGUUCCAUUAACAGUUGCCUAAAAGGCAUUGUUGUAGUUUUCCCUUGACUAAAGAAUGUUUUUCUCCUCUUGGAGGUAUCUAUAUCCUGAGGUUUUAACAGUUUAAGUGCAAUAACUAACUAAAAACACCUUUCAUAUGCAUAUCUGUAAAGGCAAUAAAUGCCUAUAUGAACUUUUACAAAAGGACACAGCCAACCUAUGCUGUACCUUAAACACAUUUAGUAGAUGCUCUACAUUAGCUCAGUGUUUCCAGCCUCUUUGAAAUUAAACUUUUCUCAUCCCUCAUAUCAAUGAAAGAGCAUUUCCAGUCCUAAGAGAGCAUAAUUUCACAAAGUAAAGAAUCAGUGUAAAAUUUUCAUUUUCUGUUUUGAUGUAAAUUCUGUGUGAAGUGGAAUAUAUGGGAAUCAUUUAAAAGAAAGCAUUUUGCGUUUGUGUGGCAAUUACAGUAAGUAAAUAAAGAUUUGUGAGUGUGAAGGAAGAAGGAAGUGGCAGACGUAUGGAACAGGAUCAGUUUUCUUUAUUAAACGGUCUGUCUUUUCAUCAAACAUUGUUAAACUUUUGAAAAUCACCCGAUAUCGUUUGUUGGUGGCAUUAUUCCAGUUAUAUGACAUUGUGCCCACUCAAGAACAUUUAACUGAUGUGGUUUUAUUUAUUUGAAUCUUGCCUUUUGCCUUGUAAAACUAUUUGGUCUUCAAGUAGGAAAUGGUAUGUUAAGAUGUUUUGAGAUUUUUAUGAGUUUGUUUCCAACGAGUGAAUUAAAUGGAAGUGCUGUUGA